CUAAAAAAAAGGGGAGCCGCGACAAGUCCCUCCUCUGGAGAAAAAACUGGCGGCUGCUCUUCUUUUCCUCUCAGCUCUAACCCGAUUACCUCUCCCAGCUGCAACACUCUCGGCUCCCUUUGAUACUCUCAGCUCCUCUUCCUUCUGCUAGCUUCCCAUCCUCCCCAAAAAUCCGAAUAAACUCUCUCCCAGCUCCAAAAAAAAAUUCAGAACCUUCCUUUCUUCUUUAUAUAUUUAUUUUGCUUGGUUUUUGCUGGUUGGAGAAAGAUUGUGCGAGCUUCUUACUACUUGAAUAUUACUGUUUGCGUUUAGUUCAAGUGUAUGAGUUCCUUGGAUUAACUCGAGGUCAUCUCAUCCGUUGGAAUAGUCGUAAUGUUACCUUAGAUAGUGGCUAAAAUAGUUAAUGAUUCGCAGCUCGAUUUAUGAUUGUUUCAUUGGAUUUUGAUGAUUAGAUCCUAGUUUGAAGUGUAUGACUGAAUUGGGUGGUCAUUAUGUGAUUGAUUUGGACACGUUUGAUUCGACUUUAAUAAUUAGAAUGCACGUUUUGGGGGUUGGACUGAGCUGUAUAUUGAUUUUUUUAGUUCAAUUUGGGACGGAUUCUCAUGUCUUUGACGACUUAUUAUCAUGUUUGGGGGAUUCAGUGAGUUCUAUGGCAAUUAUUUAAUGGAUUUGAGGUGGUUUGGCACUAUUUCAGUGGUUCUUUGUCUUGUUUGGUCGUCGAGGUAAGUCGGGUGACUAUUAGUCGAGAUAUUCGAGUAUGUUUAAGUCAGUUUAGAACGAUUAUAAAUGAUGGCCAGAUUUGAUUCUAGCCUUGAAAACGUGUUUUGAUCAACUAUGUGGAAUAAUGAGAGCUCUUCAAAUGCUUAAGUCCCCUGAACUCACUUUUUCUCAAGUUUACCAAAGAUCAUGAUGAAAUUGGAGAAUAAAUAUUGAUGCUUAAGCAGAAUUAUUAGAUUUAAUGCUGAUGACCGUAUGAAAUGGGUUUCGAAUUCGGGAUUGAAUGUGCCUUGUCGACUUGAUACAUUAUGAUUGCCAUUGCCUUUUGGUUCCUUCUACUACUUUCCUUCUUUUCCUUGUUUUGCAUGUUACCUCGAGCCUUGGAGUAAAGCGAAGGAAGUUGAGGAGAUAAGAAGAUAGUGAGCUGACCCCAAUGUGGCGCGAAGACGACGUGGAGACUUACCUAGGCUUAGGAGUCCCGACUUGAAGGCCGCCUCGGUCCGCAAUAGUCAAGGAUCUUCUAAGCUAAUCGAUCUUAGGAAUCUCCUAGGAUAAAGUAGAAAAGCAGAAGCGACCUCUAGAGAACGAAAGUAGUUUUCGAAGCAAAGAGGAUCCAAUUGAACACAUCGAAGACUGGAACAAUCGAAAACGUGCAGAAUAAGCAGAAAUCAGUAAGGUGGAUUGAGAAAGUUGCUGCAGAUCACUAGAUCUAUCUUGGAAUUGCGCAGGGGAGAAGAAUUAAACUCAUACGGUCACCAAGAAUCAGAUCAUGGAGAUGAAUACAUGGUGUAGCACUAACGACUCCGGCGAAGUGGAAGAAGCAGCUGAUAUGAUAACCACAUCGAUAUCUCGUGUAUCCGGCAACUCUGACUAUAGUGGAGCAUUGAUUACCUACUGCCUCUCGUGCGGCCAUCCAAUCGAGCUCUAUGAUCAGGGUCGGAUCCAUGAGCUGCCGGGGCUACCAGCCGGGGUGAAGUUCGAUCCCACGGACCAUGAAAUUUUGGAACAUUUGGAAGCGAAAGCUAUGGAAGAUGGGAAAAGGCUACAUCCUCUCAUUGAUGAAUUCAUCAAAACCCGAGAAGGCGACAAUGGUAUUUGCAGCACUCACCCCGAGAAACUACCUGAUCUAUCAAUGAAGAGGAGUGAGAAGAGAUGGCCAAAUCCGCCACUUUUUCCACCGGCCUUUGAAGGCGUACACCACCGGCACCCGGAAGCGAAGAAAAAUCCACAUGGGCAAAAACACGUGUUCAAGGUGGAAACAACUAAUUACAGUAGGCUAGGGAUCAAAGCUUGCAUGGGAAGCAACUACCGGAAGAUCGGUAUAACAACAACAACUACGGCCCUGUUCAAGGUGGUCGUGAGUCCAUUUCUAAAGACCAAAUUAGCCCAGCUCAAUUGAGGCUGAUUCCAUACUUGGUCAUUCGGCAAGAGGACGAGUCCUCAUUUGCUGAUCAGUUCAUCGAGAUGCAGGAAGAGAAUUCAUGAGGAAUACAGCGUAAUCGAGCUCGAGCAAAUAUUACAUACCCAGGUUAUGAAUGCAUAUAUAUGUAAUUGAAAGCAUUUAUCUUUGCCAAUUCAUCGCCAAGAGUGGUCAGGCAUAAUAAUCUGAGCAAAUUGCAAUUAGCCAUUUUAUCUUUGCCAAUUUAUUCCUCUCUUUUUUUUUCCGUGUAUUUUGUGUAACUUUUCCUUACGGGAAUUACCAGUAUUUAUAUUCUAUAAUACAAAUUUAGAAUCAGGACUUAAAUUUUGACAUUUUCCUUGAGUAAAUUAAACAAACUCCGGUCAUA